AUGGCACUUGAGGUCUCGGCUCUAAUUUAUCAGGCCGAGGUUCGACCUCGAAAAAUCCCAACGCUAGGUUCAACUCCCUGUCUCCCAUCAGACAAACCGUCCACCUACCAAGAACAUCCAUUUUAUGUUGAUAACAAAGACGUUGCAUUUAAACAUCACCAAAAUGAUCUUCGCUUGAGCUUUCUCAGUGACUGGGACAGAGUGGAGGAUCUCAUGCAUACGCCCACGGAGGAUUGUCCGAUAUACUUCCCACCCUCGUUGAAGCUUCAAUAUGAUCUGGAAAUCGAAGUACAACUGGCCUCCGACAUACAAAAAUGGGAAUUUCUGAGUUUGUUCAGUCCAAAGCUUGCAAAACAUGGCAUCAACAUGUCGCACUACUGCGCGUUCAAGUCGGACCUUAGCUACGAUCGCAGGGUUCUACUUCAUAAACAUACAGCGUGGAUAUUCCUGAUGGAUGAAGUCUCCGAGAUGCUUCCAAGAUACAAGCUGCACAACACUGCCGGCAAAGUCUACCUCCAAAAUCUCAAAUGCAUCAUGAGAAACGAGUCUAUUGAAGACAUAAUGCAGUUUAGAGGCCAAUGCCCAGAUGAGCUACUUCAAACGGCGCUUAAUGUACAGCGCAUCUUUUUAGAAGACCUGAUGCCUCUCAAGAGGAAGCUUCUUCAACCUCGUCACUUCCAAGCUUGCAUCGACGCUUUUGAUAUCUUUUUUGACGCUCAAUAUGAAGAAGGUCACCAUUUCUUCAUUGAGCAAACAUCACAUCAAGUUCUCAAGACAAGAGGAUCCACAGUUGGCAUCCAGGUGCCUGCCAUUCUUUCCAUGACAUCAGCGAAUGCUGAGCUAUAUAUGGCCAAUGAUCCCUGUAUCGGUCAACUUGGAGUACUUGCUGCUGUGUUCCACGACAUAAUUGGUUUAUACAAGGACCUCGCCGCGAUGAAGAGCGAAGACGACGGAUCUGCUUUGUUGAAUCUUGUUCGGCUAUGUAUGAGGGAGCAGAAUUUGAGUGAAAGUGAAGCCUCGCGACUGAGUGCACAAAAGUUCAACCUUCUCUGCAGAUCUUAUGAAUUAUUCGUCGACGGCUUUCUCCCUCACCUGAAAGAGUUUUAUAUGGAGAACUUGCGUUUUUGCUUCAACUUCUGUGACUAUAAUCUCAAUGGGAUUAUGGGUAACCCAAACAACCGUUACGGGUGGAAAAUAGUGUAA